AUGCGGUCACUCGUAGCAAGCCCGUCGGGGUGGGCGGCCGCGAUGCGGAUACUGCCCGUCUGCGCGUCGCUGGCGCGGCGGCUGUACAGCGCUGCAGCUAGCGCGCAGCAGGAGGGGUCGAAGGGGGUGUUGUACGCGCUGGGGACGCCGACGUUCGCGGUGUGGGGGGCCAACACCGGCGUGGGCAAAACGGUCGUCUCAGCGGGGCUGUGCAGGGCGCUCGCGGCGAUGCGGGUGCCCUACCUGUACCUGAAGCCUGUCCAGACAGGCUUUCCGGAGGAUUCGGACGCGAGGAUCGUGGCGCAGGUGGCGGGCUCGGCCGCAGUGCUCGGCCGUCACGCGGCGGAGCUUGUUGCCACCCCUCAGACUGGUGGCUCGGGGGCGCCGGAGGGCUCCGUCGCGAAGACAAUGUACGCCUGGAGGGCGCCGGUGAGCCCGCACGUGGCCAUGCGCGACGAGGGCCGGGCGGUGACGGACCGCGACGUGCUCGCGUCGAUCCUGCACGAGCACGGCGCGUUCCACGGCGCCACCGCGGGCCGCGGCGCCUGCCUCGUCGAGUCAGCGGGGGGGGUGUGUUCUCCCGGUCCGACUGGGCGCCUGCAGGCCGACGUGCUGCGGCCGCUGCGGCUGCCGUGCGUCCUCGUCGGCGACGGCCGCCUCGGAGGCAUCUCGCUCACGCUCUCCUCCGUGGAGUCCCUCCACUCCCGCGGGUACGACAUCGCCGCGGUGGUCGUACCAGAGGCACCGGGGGGAGUCAACUCCGAGGCCAUCCGGGCCAACCUCCGCGGCAGCGGCACCACGGUGGUCCCGCUGCCCUCGUGCCCCGAGGCGGCGGACGCGCCGUCCGCGUUCGAGGACCCAGCGCUGCAGGAGUGGCUGGCCCAGACUGACGGCACGAUGAAGGACCUGGCCGCGUAUCUGCUGUCGUGGCACAGCACGCGCGAGACGCGGCGCGCCGUGCUCCCGGACGAGGCCGCGAGGGUGCUGUGGUGGCCCUUCACGCAGCACAAGACCACGCCGCGGCACGCCGUCACGACCAUCGACUCGCGGUGCGGCGACGACCUCCUGACGCUCAAGGACGCCGACGGCGCGGGCGGCGGCUCCGCGGUGGCGCUCAUGGACGGCUGCGCGUCGUGGUGGACGCAGGGCCUGGGCCACGUGCAGCAGGACGUCGCCAAGCAGAUCGGAUACGCUGCCGCGCGGUACGGCCACGUGAUCUUCCCGGAGAACACCAACGAGGCCGCGGUCGAAGCCGCGAAGAUGCUUCUUGGAACCGUCAACCCGCCCCCGGGCACGGACGCCCCGCGGUGGGCGUCGCGCGUCUUCUACUCAGACGACGGCUCCACGGCGGUGGAAGUCGCCCUCAAGAUUGCGUUCCGCACGCUGGCCGCGCGGCGGGACUGGUCCAGCGUGGACAGCGAGGACGGGAGCGUCCGCGCGUGGGGCGGCAAGCGGCUCGCGGUGCUCGCCGUCGACGGGUCGUACCACGGCGACACGCUCGGCUGCAUGGACGCGUCGCCGCCGUCGGUGUUCAACGCGUCUCAGACGCCGUGGUACGCGCCGCAGGGGGUGUUCCUCGACGCCCCGCGCCUCUCGAUCAUCCGCGGGAAGUGGACCGUCGAGCUCCCGGCGUCCGUGUCGGACGGCCCCUACGAGGUCCCCCCCCCUGACUCAGCGACGCUGGCGUUCCCGUCUCUCGACGCGGCGUUCGACCCCGCGCGCCGGACCACCCCGCUCGCCGGCGCGUACCGCGCGUACGUCGCCGCCCGCAUCGACGCGCACGAGUCCGCCACGAGCGCCAUCGGGUGCGUGCUGAUCGAGCCCCUGCUGCAGGGCGCAGGGGGUAUGAUCCUGGCAGACCCCCUCUUCCACUGGACCAUCGCGGACGUGGCGCGGGGCCGCGGCAUCCCCGUCGUCGCCGACGAGGUCUUCGCGGGCCUGUACCGCCUCGGCGCGUCGACCGCGUGCAACAUGGCGGGCAUCACGCCGGACGUGGGGUGUUAUGCCAAGCUCCUGACGGGGGGCACGGUGCCGCUGUCCGCGACGGUGGCGACGGAGGAGUGCUUCGACGCGUUCAUGGGCGACACGAAGGGCGAGGCGCUCCUGCACGGCCACUCGUAUUCCGGGCACCCCAUCGGCUGUCAGGCGGCGAUUCAAAGCCUGUCCGCGCUGACGUCAGCGCAAUACAACCCCAACCACGUCCCGGCGUCGGACGAGGCCCGCGGGGCGUGCAGCCGCAGCUGCAGGGCGUCGUCCGGCGUCGGGGCGGGCGCGGGAGGCGUGCCCUUCUGCGCAUGCAAUGCGUCGGCGGGACGGUUGACCGCGCAGUGGGACGCGGGGCGCGCUGCGGCGAUGUCGGAGCACCCGCGUGUGGACCGCGUCACGGCGAUCGGGACGGUCCUGGCGGUGGAGCUGAAGCCGCGGGACGGCAAGGGCGGGUACGCGUCGGGGGACGCCAGGGCGGUGGUGGACAGACUGCGGCCGCUGGGGAUCUUCGCGCGGCCGCUGGGGAACGUGGUGUACCUGAUGGCGUCGCCGAUGACGCCGCCCGCGGACUGCGCGGAGCUGCUGGCGCGCCUGGAGGCCUGCUUGGACGAGUAG